GAUUUGGGCUAAAGCCCAUUCUUCAUCAAAUGACCUUUCAUUGAUUCUUCGGCUUUGGAUCGGAGUCGAGGAACAUGGAUUUCGACGAGACCGUGCCACUGAGCCAGCGGUCGGAGUGGGCAGACGUGGUCCCGUUGACUCAGGAUGAUGGCCCGAAUCCGGUGGUGCCGAUCGCCUACAAGGAAGAGUUCCGCGAGACUAUGGAUUACUUCCGUGCGAUUUACUUUUCCGACGAGCGAUCUCCUCGCUCACUGCGACUCACGGAAGAAACGCUCCGCUUAAACUCCGGCAACUACACAGUUUGGCAUUUCAGGCGCCUAGUACUCGAGGCCCUUAAUCACGACUUGUUUGAAGAACUCGAGUUCAUCGAACGCAUUGCUGAGGAUAACUCUAAGAACUACCAACUGUGGCAUCAUCGGCGUUGGGUUGCAGAGAAAUUGGGUCCUGAUGUUGUAGGGAGAGAGCUUGAAUUUACCCGUAGAGUACUUUCACUUGAUGCCAAACAUUAUCAUGCUUGGUCACAUAGGCAGUGGACGCUACGGGCAUUAGGAGGAUGGGAAGAUGAGCUCGAUUACUGUCACGAGCUCCUUGAAGCUGACGUCUUUAACAAUUCCGCCUGGAAUCAGAGGUAUUACGUCAUCACUCGAUCUCCUCUGUUGGGAGGCCUAGAAGCCAUGAGAGAAUCUGAAGUAAGCUACACAAUCAAAGCCAUUUUAGCCAAUCCUGCAAACGAGAGCUCAUGGCGAUACCUGAAAGCUCUUUACAAAGACGACAAAGAAUCCUGGAUUAGUGAUCCAAGUGUUUCCUCAGUCUGUUUGAAUGUUCUAUCCCGCACGGAUUGCUUCCAUGGAUUUGCUCUGAGCACCCUUUUGGAUCUUCUAUGCGAUGGAUUGAAACCAACCAACGAGCAUAAAGACUCAGUGAGAGCUCUAGCUAAUGAAGAACCAGAUACUAGCUUGGCUAAUUUGGUGAUUGAUUCUGGGAAGGAUAUCGGAUUUUUGGAAGAGAGGAGUUGCAGAAUAACUGUCCAAGGAAGAUACUUGAUCUCCGAUGAUGAAGGCAAUGUGUGUGAUGCUCUGUCAUUGGAAUCUCGAACCCGUUGUUGUCCAUGGAAAGGAGAAAGAUUCUCUUGUCAUGGAUGCAACCUCCUUUCACAAUGCUGCAACUCUUAUGAAUUUUGCGUUUCUUGCUGCUUGAAUCCGUCUCGGACGCUUCUUGGGAAGGUGGUUAAGGUAAAAGUUGCAAAGCCGGCUACAGCAGGGACUUACAAGAGUGUAUUUGAUUUUUGUUCCGGGAGAUGCCGCCAUAAUUCUGAGAGUGUGGUUCAUGAAAAUGCUUACCACAGCGAGUUUCACCAUUGUUUUUCUCUGACAUCAAAUGCUUCAGGUGCUAAUCUUACACAAGUUGAAACAAGACUUCUUGGCAUUGACGUUAUUGUUGGAAGUCAAGGAGAUUCAUGCGAUGCAGUUUGCAAGACACGUGGACAAUUGUGUGUGAUGAAUAAACUCUCACUUCUAAACCAAUGUGACGUUAUGAAAAGAUACAUGACCUGCAAAGGGUCGUGUUUAGCAAGUGCCGGGGCUGACCAACCUGCUGAAGUUGUUGAAGAUGCGCCCAGAGAUUUGUAUCCAGGCGCGUGUUUGUAUACCCGGACACAAUCAAUGCUUUCCUGUGACGGUUCACACCAACACACCCGACGACUCUGCCCAUGUGCCUAGAAACUAGUCAGUAUUAAGACUUAUGACAUACCUUUUUCCGCCUCUUGUAGCAGUUUUAGAAUGCUCUGAUCAUGUAAUUUUCCUUGGUGAAAGAACACAUAUUGUUGACAUAUACAUACAUGAUUCAAUAUAUUAUAGUUUACAUA